AUGGCCCCUAUCCCGGUCCCAGAAAUAGCGUACUGCUUCGACAAUCUCUCACAAGAACCUUAUAGAGAACGCGCUUUUCGCUUGUUCAUCCUUUACCCAGGCUCGCCGGACAGUGAACUCGAAGGCGAUAUCGUGACGUGUCGCUUGAAGAAACCCACCACCAGCUCCGUGGUCAUCGAUGCUGCUGACCCAGGCGACUACGAGGCUUUGUCCUAUACUUGGGGAUCGGUCACGGACGAUGACCCGGUGGUCAACAUACACGAUCGAGGCACGGUCAGCAUCACAAACAACCUGGCUUCCGCAUUACGAGCACUGCGAGCACCUAGAUUCAAGAAACGGAAAUUAUGGAUUGACGCCUUGUGUAUCGAUCAGAAGAAUCAAGAGGAGAAGAGUCUACAGAUUUCGCAUAUGUCGAUCAUUUUCAACUCGGCAACGCAUGUUCGUGUUUGGCUAGGGCCCAAGGAUGAAGACUCUGAACUCGCUUUCAAGUUUGUGGGAAACUGUCUUGCCAGCGAUGAGUUCGACAGAGCUAUGCGCGAUCCACACGUGUCCAAGGAUAUCAAAGCUUUGGUUUCCUUGAUGAAGAGGCCUUGGUUUAGUCGAAGGUUCGGAACACCCAAUUCUGCACACGUCAAUGGACCCAUUGCUGACCAGGUUGUCAAANGGUGGAUUGUUCAAGAAAUCGCAGUGGCCAAAAAAGCAACACUUCAUUGCGGCGAAAAAGUGUUGCUGUGGCACGAAUUUGCAGAUGUCAUCUCGCAGCUGUCGACCAGACUGUUCGAGAUGAAGGCGCUUUNNGUCAAAAAGUCGCCUGAAUUUCACAAUCACGCCGAUUACCUGGGUGACAUUUCUGAGCUAGGAGCAAUCCGUUUGGUUGAGUUGACGGACGACCUCUUCCACAAGACUGAAGAUAACAAGAUCCGCGACAAAAACUUCUCGCUCGAGGCACUAGUGUCGACAAUGUCUGCUUUUGAAGCUUCGGUUGCUCAUGACAUAGUCUAUGCAAUCCUAUGGCUUUCAAACGACGCAGUUGGUGUUGCGGGACUACGGCGCGAUCAGAGCUCGCCUCCAUCACCUGCGAUCGCUCCUGUCGUUUCUGAUCAAUUGUCGAUAGACGCUCAGCUCAAGAGAUCCCUGACAGAUGGCCAUCAAAGCGCCAACGGCGACAACAUCUUCAAAAGAAGAAAGGGUGAGGAUAAAGAUAUCCCGUCAAUCCAAAUCAGUGGCGCUGGUACAAACACAGAAGGUGCAGGUCAGCACUUUCUUCGAGAUAACAAUGCACAAACAGUAACGAUGAUCGCGGACGCUCCUUACUGCUCUUCACCGCCAGCUGAUAGAAGCUCGGCGACAUCGCCCUUCNCUGACCAUUCGAACACACAACAGCACACGGCAACUCAGCACAUUUCAACUCAGCACCCGCAUCAGAACGGAAACAAUGGUAUCGUCGACAGCUUGCAGCCCAUCAACGCAGCGGCCGCCUUCAUGAGCCACGGACGUAGGCGAACCCUCUCGGAUGCCAGAAGCCCAGUAGACAAAGAACAGAUUGUCGCGCGACUUAGCAACAACUUCCAGCAACGCAGGAUCUACCUCGACUACAGCAAAUCCAUCUUCGAGGUUUGCCGCGAGGUGCUCGAAUUUGCAAUGUCUAGACCUGAAGCUACACUGGAUAUCUUAUGUCGGCCCUGGGCGCCAGAUGACCCGCAUGACAAAGCGUUUCCCUCUUGGAUCCCAAGGCUGACCAACAGAAUUGCAUUCAAGCCAAAUCGUAGAGGCAAGUACCAACGCGUCAACGCAAACCCUCUGCUGGGUAGAUUCGACUCCAACGGUCCACCGUACAAAGCCUCACACAAUCUCACCGUCUACAAGAAGUACGAAUUCUUCCACGGUGACCCACUACGGGAAAGAAGCCUCCUCAUCAAAGGCUUAAUCCUGCAUACCAUCGAACCCACAGAGCUAAAAUCAAAUGCCACCUCGGGCACCAUACCAGCAGACUGGCGCGACGCAGCCCAAUGGCACGAAACCAUGCCGCCCGAGCAGAACCACCCUCCAGACCCAUUCUGGCGCACUCUGGUCGCCAACAGAAACACACACGGCAGAAAGCCUCCGCUCUACUGGCGACGAGCCUGCUCCGAAGCCUUCCAAGAAGCACCCAAAGACGACGAUCUAGAGACCUCUCUCGUACUCAGCGGCAACCCCGCCUCUUCGGUCCGAGAAUUCCUGCACCGAGUGCAAGAGGUGGUGUGGAACAGACGUCUAGCGCGAAUCACACUAAAACACACUGGAGUGGUGACUUUGUGUCUGGUACCCAAGAACACUCAGCCGGGAGAUUUGAUAGCGUUGCUGUAUGGUUGCAAUGUACCCGUUGUGUUGCACAGGCACCAGACAGAGCACAGAGGCGAUGCAAAGUUGUAUCGUAUGUUGGGUGAGUGCUAUGUUCAUGGCAUGAUGGAUGGCGAACUCAACAAUCAUCGAAAGACCAUGCCCAAGCCAAUGGUGCUGCAGAUGGAGAUGGAUUUUGAGCUUGUAUAA